GCUUUCCACCGCUUCUGCGCUGCUCUCAAGAUGGCCGCCUUCUGGCGUCUCCGGCGCUGUUGAAUGGAGAAAGCUUUAUUGUUCCCUAUCGGGGCAGGAGUGUUCGUGUCCUCUCUGGCGCUUGUCAAUAAAGAACGGCAGUUUGAAUCGGUGCUGAACAGCAUCUAGUGCUCUGAAAGGAGAGCAGGAAAGAGGUCCUUGGGACAGAGUGGAUGCAAUGGAGCUCCCCAAUUACAGUCGACAGCUGCUGCAGCAGCUGUACACCCUGUGCAAGGAGCAGCAGUUUUGUGACUGCACCAUCUCCAUUGGUACCAUCUACUUCCGGGCCCACAAGCUGGUCUUGGCGGCUGCCAGCCUCCUGUUCAAAACCCUGCUGGACAACACUGACACCAUCUCCAUCGAUGCAUCGGUGGUGAGCCCGGAGGAGUUUGCCCUCCUGUUGGAAAUGAUGUACACCGGCAGACUCCCAGUGGGCAAGCACAAUUUCUCCAAGAUCAUCUCAUUGGCCGAUAGCCUUCAAAUGUUUGAUGUGGCUGUUAGUUGUAAAAAUCUUCUGACCAGCCUCGUAAAUUGCUCUGUGCAGGGGCAGGUGGUGAGGGACAACCCCAUGCCAUCCUCAGAGUCCUUGCAGAAAGAAACUGAAAGACUAGAAGCAGAAAGCCUCAGCUGUGAUGGCGCCAGAGAGCCUUGUGCAUCCCUCGAGCUCUCUGCCCAGGCAGGGACCCCUGGGAGAGUGGGAAUGGAGGAAUCGGUUCCUCCUGUUGUACAGGACAUGAGUAUGGAUCCUUCCACCUUCCAGGAGCUCCAGGGCAAUGCCAGCGCUCCAGUGAAGGUUCCUCGGACCACAGGAGUUUGUUCCCCACCCCCUGUUGCUAUAGCAUGUAAGAAGGCAAAGGAGGCAAGUCUGGAACCAGAGCAUGAGAGGAAACACUACCAGCUGACCUUUCUUCUAGAAAAUGAAGCUAUCUUCUCAGAUGCACUGCUGACCACCCAGAAUGUCUUAAAAAGACUAGACUGCUCAGAAAUCAAAAGUGCCCAGAAGGAGGCCAUAAUGGGGUGUCUUGAGGGCGAAGAUGGACAUUCCAUUUUCCAGAGGCUUCUGGCUAAAGUAAAGGAUGAGAGCUUGGAUCCUGAGGCCCUUGUGUCCCUGCUGAGGCUGUACCAAGAUUCUAAUCCUGCAGUCAAGGCAGCAUUUUCAGACAGAAAAUCAGAAGAUGUAGCAGUGGCAACAAAAGGGGGCACAGAGGAGGGAAAGACCUUGUCUGUCCUGUUACUCCAACACAAAGAGGACCUGGUCCAGUGUGUGACACAGCUGAGGCCGAUCGUGGAGUUCCUGGAAACCACCAAGGAGGGAUUUCUGACAGACUCUGAGAAGCAGGUGAUUCUGAAUUGCUGUGAGGGCAGAACACCCAAGGAGACCAUAGAAAAUUUGUUGCACAGAAUGUCUGAAGAGAAGACUCUGACUGCUGAGAGUUUGGUAAAACUCUUUCAAGCUGUGAAGAUGGCAUUCCCAAAGUUAGGUCUUCUGCUGGGAAAUUUGCAGAAAUCCGCCACUUUGCCGAGCACCACAGUUCAUGCAAGCCCUGAUGAUUACGGGACCGAGCUAUUGAGACGAUAUCACGAAAACCUCUCCGAGAUUUUCACAGACAACCAGGUGUUAGUGAAAAUGAUCCAACGUGUGAAGGACUUAACCCCUGAAGAAAAGGAGGUCAUGGAGAUGCUGGUAAGAUGUGAGACGGGUGCAGGGGCCUUCAAUGCUCUGAUGUCAGCAGCCAUGGAGAAGCAGACCCUCUCUGCCACCACUGUGUGGCAGCUGCUGCUGGCAGCUCAGGAGAUGGAGCCCUGCCCAUGGCGCCUGCUCUUGGAGGAGAUCCAGAAGGAGCCUGGUGCCCAGGCUUUCUUCCGGACAGUGAGGCCGCUGGAAAGCACAGCCUUAGAAGCCAUCCUGAGGCAUCACAGACGGAUCCUAGAAGCUCUCCGACAAAGGACUGAACAGAAGUCCUUCACACCAGAGGAGGAGCAGCUGGCAGAGGCAGUGACAGAGAUUCUGAGCAUUUCCUUGGAGACAGUCAGCCCUGAAGUUUCCCUGAAAGCGGUGCUGAGCAAAGCCACAGAGAAAUCCAUCUCGGCCAUUGAAAUAUGUCACCUCCUGUGCGUCACCCACACAUCUGUCCCAGACCUGCAGCCUGUCAUGCAGGAAUUAGCAUCUGCUGGUUUCCUUACUCAGGAGAUUGGGGAGGAGCGGUGGAAGGUGAGGACUAAAUUUCAUCCUGAAGCCAACAAUGUGGAUGAAAAGGCAGCUGAGCUCACUGACGUAGCAUGCCAAGCUGGGAACCAGAAUGACCAGGCGGAGCCUGGUUCCUUGCCAGGACAAGACAAAGACACUUCUGCCUCCCCAGACUCUGCCAAGAAGAGCUUCAUCUGCAAGGCCUGUGACAAAAGCUUCCAUUUCUACUGCCGCCUCAAGGUUCACAUGAAGCGCUGCCGGGUGGCCAAGAGCAAGCAGAUCCAGUGUAAGGAGUGCAAUGAGACCAAGGAGUCGAAAAAAGAGCUGGAGAAGCAUCAGCUGGAGGCCCACAGUAUAGGGGGUGAGCCUGGGGCUCCCAAGAAGAAGAAGAAGAGACUUCCUGUGACCUGUGACCUCUGUGGAAGGGAGUUCGCUCAUGCCUCAGGCAUGCAGUAUCAUAAACUGACAGAACACUUUGAUGAGAAGCCUUUCUCCUGUGAAGAGUGUGGUGCCAAGUUUGCAGCCAACUCAACUCUGAAGAACCACCUUCGCCUUCACACUGGGGACCGUCCGUUCAUGUGCAAGCACUGCCUCAUGACCUUCACCCAGGCCUCAGCUCUGGCCUACCACACAAAGAAAAAGCACUCAGAAGGGAAGAUGUACGCAUGCCAGUACUGCGAUGCUGUAUUUGCCCAGUCCAUUGAGCUGUCCCGUCACGUGAGGACACACACUGGGGACAAGCCCUAUGUCUGCAGGGACUGUGGCAAGGGCUUCCGGCAAGCCAACGGCCUCUCCAUCCAUCUGCAUACCUUUCACAACAUAGAAGACCCCUAUGACUGUAAGAAGUGCAGGAUGAGCUUCCCCACACUGCAGGACCACCGCAAACACAUCCAUGAGGUGCACUCCAAGGAGUAUCACCCCUGCCCCACAUGCGGGAAGAUCUUCAGUGCUCCCUCCAUGCUGGAGAGACACAUGGUCACCCAUGUCGGGGGGAAGCCCUUCAGCUGUGGGAUCUGUAACAAGGCCUACCAGCAAUUGUCUGGUUUAUGGUAUCACAAUCGGACCCACCACCCUGAUGUGUUUGCUGCUCAGAACCAUCGAUCCUCCAAGUUCUCCUCACUCCAGUGCAGCUCCUGUGACAAAACCUUCUCCAACACCAUUGAGCACAAGAAGCACAUCAAAGCUGAGCAUGCAGACCUGAAGUUCCAUGAAUGUGAUCACUGCAAGGAGCUCUUCCCUACACCAGCACUGCUCCAGGUCCACAUCAAGUGCCAGCACUCAGGGUCUCAGCCUUUCCGCUGCCUGUACUGUUCAGCCACAUUUCGCUUCCCUGGGGCACUGCAGCACCAUGUGACUACAGAGCACUUCAAGCAGUCUGAAAAUACCUUCCCCUGCGAGCUCUGUGGGGAGCUCUUCACCUCUCAGGCCCAGCUGCACAGCCACCUGGACUCCGAGCACCCAAGGGCCACCAGCAUGGAGACUCCAGCCACCACCUCCCAGAUGGUGCAGGUGAUCCAGAGUCCAGAGCCAGCGGCCCCCACAGAGCAGGUGAUCACGCUGGAGGAGACCCAGCUGGCUGGCUCGCAGGUGUUUGUCACCUUGCCAGACUCACAGACACCCCAGAGCAGCUCUGAGCUGGUGGCUGUGACUGUGGAGGAACUGCUGGACGGUACUGUGACCCUGAUUUGCGGGGAGGCCAAGUGAGCCACUGUGCAGCUGGCAGAAUCUGGGGGAUACAGAGAGGAGGCAAGACAGCACCUUGGAACCUGCAUCCGGACAGCAUUUUCUCCCAGUCAUCAGUGCCUGAGUCUGUGGUGCUAACUCCUCGCCUCCCUCCAUCCAAUUGCAGUGGCCUUGGCAACACUGACCAUUCCCAGAAAAUGGGCCAAACCACAGGGAGAGGAGUGGGGGACACAGGGGGCUGGUGACCCACUGACAGGGCUGAAAUUGCCAGUACCUUCUGACUAUUUAAAAAGAGGAAAUCACCAUUGGACCAUGAAGGAAGGGUCCCUUACCUUCAGCCUGUGGCCCUUUUCCUUACUGUAUUUUUCCCAUCUGCCUGGGGUCACCAGUCCCCCUCAGGGUGGUAGCACAUCUACCCAGAACUCCCCUGUGUCCAUGCUUCCCAACCUUGUCAGGAAGUUUCUGUGGGGAGAGCUGAGGCAGUAUAUCCCACUACAGGCAGACGCUGCCUUUCUGGGAUGACCUUCCCAGGCUCUGCCCCUUGGGCCUGGUUCUGUAAUCUUGCUGCACAUCUGAACUCCCACCUGCCCUGGAGGCUGCCACUGCCCAUCCUCCGGGUACAGUGUGUGAGAAGGAAAUUCUGGGGGUCAGGAGCCAUCAUCUCUGUCCAAGGCAGCCUGCGGCAAUCCUGCAGGUCAGUGUCCUUUGGGGUCUGGAUUUCACAAGGUUUUUUAUCUUCAGUUCUCAAAAUAUCAUCUCAUAAUGAAUGGUUUGUGAGAUCCGUUA